AUGGCUCGGUUGAAUAAUAUUAAGGUUGCUACAGUACUUCUCUGUUGUGCCUUUCUUUAUGACAUCUUUUGGGUUUUCCUAUCGCCAUUAAUAUUUCAUAACAGUGUUAUGAUUGCGGUGGCUCGGGGUGACAACAGUGGUGGAGAAUCCAUUCCAAUGCUUUUGAGAUUUCCUCGAAUUUCUGAUCCUUGGGGAGGCUAUGAUAUGAUUGGCUUUGGUGACAUCCUUUUUCCUGGUUUGCUUGUGGCUCGGGGUGACAACAGUGGUGGAGAAUCCAUUCCAAUGCUUUUGAGAUUUCCUCGAAUUUCUGAUCCUUGGGGAGGCUAUGAUAUGAUUGGCUUUGGUGACAUCCUUUUUCCUGGUUUGCUUGUAUCAUUUACUUUUAGAUUUGACAAAAUUAAUAAGAAGGGCUUACUGAGUGGAUACUUCCUUUGGUUGACCAUUGGCUAUGGUUUUGGCCUGAUGUUUACUUAUCUAGGCUUCUAUCUAAUGGAUGGACAUGGUCAACCUGCUCUACUCUACCUUGUUCCGUGUACAUUAGGGGUUGCUGUCAUAUUGGGUUUGGUGAGAGGUGAGCUGAGGCACUUGUGGACUUAUGGCACAGAAUCUCCCCCAUCAGCGCAAGCCCCUGGAGAAGCUUGA